AGAAAUCCCAAUGAAUUACGCAUAAAUAAUUACAACCCUGAUUGUCUCUCUGCAUGGAGAGCUAACAUGGAUAUACAGUUUGUCUUAGAUGUCUAUGCAUGUGCUGUGUACAAAGUGAAUUAUAUAUCAAAAGGCCAGAAAGGCAUGAGUGAACUUUUAAGAGAGGCAUGUACUGAAGCUAGGCAAGGUAAUAAAACAAUAAAACAACAAGUAAGGGAUAUUGGAAGUAAGUUCCUCAAUAAUGUUGAGAUAAGUGCACAAGAAGCAGUGUACAUUGUGUUACAGCUUCCAAUGAGAAAAUCAUCUAGACAGAUAAUAUUUAUAAAUACAUCACCACCUAAUGAAAGAGUUGACCUAUUAAAACCAAUGGAUAAUAUUAAUGAAAUGGAUGAUGACUCUGAAGAAAUCUAUACCAGUGGUUUACUCAAAAGAUAUUCAAAGCGCCCUCUAAAACUAGAAAAUAUCACACUUGCAGACUGGGCAGCAUGGUAUGAUUGUGCUGGAAAGCCUUAUGUAAAACAAACUAAUCAAGUUGAUGUUGAUGGUCUUCCGUUAGAGAAUUUUGUUGAUGAUAAUCGAAAUGAUGAUGAUGAUACAGAAGCUCAGAAAACACCACGUAGCAAAACUAAAAAACGAGCAAAGGCUAGGAUAAUUAGAAGUGUGUGGUUUAAUAAGGAAGCUGAGCCGGAAAAAUAUUAUCGUGAACUUCUAAUGCUAUUUACUCCAUGGCGAAAUGAAGAAACUGAUAUUCUUGGUACAUUUUCAUCUUAUGAAGAACGCUAUAUGUUACUUGCCAAUGUCAUCAAUGAACAAAUGAAACAAUAUGCAGUUUGCAAUGAGGACUUUAAUGAAAUACAACAAGACAUGAAUAGAUUAGAGGAUAGAUUUGAUGAGAUAGCACCUUGUACUCAAAAUCUUGAACAACAAGACCGAGCUGAAGGUGAUCAAGACUUACAUCCUGACUUCACUGGAAACUAUAAUCUAUCAGAUGAUUUAGGAAUACCAUCAGUUGAUAAUACUGAAACACUUAUUAUGAAUGAACUGCCAGAUGAUGAAUAUAGAUGUAUGGUACAGACUUUGAAUAAAGAGCAAAAAGAAUUUUUCUAUCAUGUACUACAUUUAAUAAAAACUUCUGGUGAGGCAUUUUACUGCUUUCUAAGUGGUGGUGCAGGUGUGGGUAAAUCACAUGUCACUAAAGCCUUAUACCAAGCUGCUUUGAAAUAUUAUAACACCAGACCUGGCGUUAAUUUUGCUGAAACAAAAAUAUUUAUGUUAGCACCCACAGGGAAAGCAGCAUAUAAUAUAAAGGGCAAUACCAUUCUUAGUGCUUUAGCAGUACCAGCCUGUCAGUCAUUAAAGAACUAUAAGAAACUUGAUUCAAGUAGGCUUAAUACAUUAAGAUGUCAAAUAGGUGGACUUAAGUUGAUAUUUGUAGAUGAAAUAUCUAUGGUUGGUAAUACUAUGUUUAAUGUCCAAUUCAAUAAUAGACUUAAAGACAUCAAAGGCAGCUCGCUACCAUUUGGCGGUGUUAGUAUUGUUGCUAUAGGAGAUUUGUUUCAAUUACAACCUGUAAUGGAUGGUUAUAUAUUUAAAGACAUGGAUAACGAUGAAUAUGGUGUUCUUGCACCUAAUGUAUGGCAAGAACUUUUCAAAAUGUUUGAACUUAAAGAAAUCAUGCGACAGAGGGAAAGCAAAGACUUUGCUGAAUUAUUGAAUAGAUUAAGAGAGGGAAAUCAUACUAAAGAGGAUAUAAUCAAAUUAAAGGAAAGAAUUUUUAACCACACUAGUGCUCAGUAUCCCAAAGAUGCACCUCAUUUAUUUAUUCAAAAUGCUAAAGUCAAUGACUUCAACUAUAAAGCUCAUAAUGCUCUUCAGGGUCCAAAAUACUCUAUUAAAGCACAUGACACUGUCAUUGGAACAGAUUCGGAAGAACUUAGAGACAAAAUAUUAAAGCAAAUACCUAAAGAUCCUAGAAAAACAAAACAACUGCAUUCUGUUUUGCAUUUGGCAAUUGGUGAAAGAACAGAGAUAUCACUAAACACUAGAAAUGAUGAUGGUAUGACCAAUGGUGCUGGUAGUGUCAUAAAAUUUAUGCAAAUACAUAAAACAGACAAACCAUCAGGUAUUAUAUGGGUACAGUUUGAUCAUGCUGAUGUUGGUCAAAAAACCAGGCAUGAUAAUAGACAGCUAUAUGUCAAUGAUAUUGAACCAACAUGGACACCAAUCAAACCUAUUAGCACUCAAUUUGCUGUAGGUAGAACAAGAUCUGUACACGUGAUGAGAAAACAAUUUCCACUUAGACCUGCUGCUGCUAAAACAAUACAUAGAUCACAGGGUGAUACUGAAAGUAGAAUUGUAGUAAAUUUUUAAAACCAAAAGAGCCAUUCCUCAUAUACAUUAUGUAGGAUUAAGUAGAGUAACAACUAUAGAUGGUCUAUAUAUAACUGACUUAUGUGAAAGCAAAAUAGCUGUUAAUACUGACGUCCAAACUGAAAUGCAUCGAUUGAGAACUGAAGGAAAACUGUCACUUUCUGUUAGUCCCAUAUAUGAAGCACCGCAAGCUAGUAUUAAAAUCUGUUUUCUCAAUGCAAGAUCAUUGCACAAGCAUAUAGAUGACAUACGUCAUGACUUAAAUUACUCAAGCACUGAUGUAAAUAUUUUUUCAGAAACAAGAUUUUUUCAGCAUGAAAAUGAUGAUUCAUAUCUAUUAGAUGAUAAAAACUAUACAUUGUUCAGAAAUGAUGGUACACCAAGACAAAAUGUAAGGCCAUAUGGAGGUACAGCAGUGUAUAGCCGUCUUGACUAUUACCCAGGAUAUCCAUUUUGUAGUAAUAUACAUGGUGUAGAAAUAACUAUUUUGAGGUUUAUGAUCAUACCUCAUAUUACAAUAUUGGGAGUAUACAGCUCACCAACAGUAUCAAUAACAGAAUUAUGUAAUGCUAUGAAAGAGACACUAGACUCUCUACCAACACAAAUUAACAUUUUUAUUGGUGAUUUCAAUGUGAACUGGUUCAGUGAAUCACGCCGUGCAUCACUUUAUAACUUUUUUAUAACACAAAAUUGUUAUAGACAGCUAGUUUCAUGUAGUACAACAGACAGUAAAACCUGUAUUGACCACAUCUACACUAAUUUACCUGAAGUGCAAACAAGCUUUCAGAUUUUGGAGACAUAUUUUUCUGAUCAUAAAGCCAUUUGUGUAUUGAUAAACAGCUUCAUUAACUAAAGGCAAAAAUUGAUAAUGGAGUCUAUAAAUACAGUGCAAACAAUUUACAUUACACACUAGUUUAUUUAACAUUAGCACAUACUGAUUAUGUUCUUAUAAGACUACCGGUAUUCUGAAUAAUUAGGUACUUAUUAUAAAUAUUAUGUAUUAGAAACACAGUUAAAUACACUCAAUAGUGCAAUUGUUUAGAUACACUUUAUUUCAUUACAGAAUACCAACAUGAGCACUCCUACAACAAACCCACAACAACAACUCAACAAAGCUGACGACUCACCAGAUGUUCAACUAGAGGGUUUUGUUCAUAGCCUAAGUCCUGUUAAGCAUGCGAAAAAAAAACAGAAAACCAUACUUUGACUGUCUUGUCCAAACUGGAGAAGAUGAAAAGGUCCGUGCCGUGUGCUAUGACCCACAGCUAAGAAAAAAUCUCCUUGAACCAUACCAAAAUAAAUCACCAAUAAAAAUCACAGCCACCAAAAGAAUGGCUAGCACCAGUACCUCUGAAGAGUUCAGAAUGAC